AUGAAGCACAAUUUAUUCGUAUCUCCCAUUCUUUCUGCUGCUGCAGCGGCGUGUGGCUGCUGCUGCUUCGGCUACGGGCUGCUGCAGCAACGGGAGGCGAAGCUGCAGCGGCAGCGAGUUGCAGCAGCAGCAGCAGCAGCAGCAGCAGCAGCAGCACAGUCUUCUUCUCCCCAGAAGGACUUAGUCCCACCAGGCGAGCUGCAGCGGCUUGUACAGCAGUGCCGCGCUGCCAGCAGCAGCAGCAGCAGCAGCAGCAGCAGCAGCAGCAGCAGCAGAGUGGACAUCUGCGGCGAGGCCCUUUACGCCGCAGCAGCCGCAGCAGCAGCGCUAAGCAGCAGCACCAAAGCACCCUCCAGCUGCGACAGCAGCAGCAGCGAGGCCAGCAGCAGCAGCAGCACUGACAGCAGCAGCAGCAGCAGCAGCAACACUGGCAGCAGCAGCAGCAGCAGCAGCAGCAGCUUGGCGCUGGGGGUCAUUGAGUCCGCCAGCGUGGCUUCAGAGCCUUUUGUUUUGGACUUUAAAAACUUCAAAUUUAAAAGCAGCAGCAAAUCUUUGCUGCUCACUUACACAAUACCCCCUCAGCAGCAGCAGCAGCAGCAGCAGCAGCAGCAGCAGCAGCAGCAGCAGCAGCAGCAGCAG